UAUGAUUAGGUACAUAAAAAGUAUUGAGAAUUAUUUUGAAACAGUGUCCGUGACUUCUACAGUUGUUGGAAAACCUAAUUUAAUAUAUAGGGGCGUUUAUAAAGUCAACAAGUAAUAAAGGUAGCGGAUAACUUCCGUUUUGCUGUAGUGCUAUACCAUACAAUCUGUAGCGCGCAGUACUAAAUAUGAUCGUAUACAUUAUCGUUUAGUUGUGUAGAAGUUAAAGAAGAAAAAUAACAAUAAUUUAUACUGAAGAGAAAAUCAACGAAUUAAGAAAAAUACAAUAUGUAUCAGCUUUACGAAAAAAUCCUUAGAGCAUCUCUUAAAUUUAUAUGUGUAACAUUUAUAUUAUUUAACUUUGUAACAUCUCAGUUUGAUGAAAAAAAUUCAAGAUACCUAGGAUGUUUUUUGGAAGAAAAUAUGGAUUCUGAAAACAAGUUAGAAAAUUAUUCUACAAAAAAAGAUUGUGCUAAUUAUUGUUUUGAAAAUGAUUACCCAUUUGCCGCUGUUUACAAAUCUGCCUGUCGUUGUAGUCGAAAAUAUGUGUCGAAAUUAAUGAAAGAAAUAGAUGAAAACUGCAUCAAUUACAAUUGCUUUAAAAAUUCUUCGUGUUUUAACUUCUUUCAAAUGUAUACAACUGGAGUGUCUGAUACGAACAGUUUCCCUCGUGAAAUAUAUUUAGGAUGUCUGCAAGAAAGAGUUAGUGAUGACGAUAAUCGCUUAUUAAAAACAUUUUUAAAUCAUUAUUUAGAUAAUUCUCCACAGAAAUGUUCUGAAGAAUGUUUCAAAAAUGGAUAUCUCUAUUCUGGAUUGACAAAUGGAUAUAUUCUUGGGACUGCAUGUUGGUGUGGCGAUCAGUAUCCUUGGGUUCGACAUAAAAUUAAAGAAUCUAGUUGUAACCAAGCUUGUAGUGGAGAUAAAUCAAAAAAAUGCGGUGAUUAUUGGAAAUUAAGUGUAUACUCAACUGGACUAAUUGAUUAUCCUAAGCAACACACUAUUGGAUGUUUUAAUAAAGACGUUUACAAUAUGACUAGCAAAAUUAUUGUGCCGUUUCAGAAGGAAUGCGAUAGCUCAAGCAGAUGUAGUCAUAUUUGCGUAGAAAAAAAAUUCAAAUACGCGGCAUUGAGCGAAAACCGUUGUGAAUGCAGCAACGAAAAUCCAGAUCAUGCAAAACAAAAAAACAAUUGCGUAAAAUGUAAUUAUGAUACAACUGAAAACUGUGGAAGUGAAGAGUCCUUAAAUAUUUAUGAAAAUACUUGGCUAAAUUUUAUCAAAGAAAACAUGUCCGAAAAGUAUUUGGGGUGUUAUGAAAAUUCAUGGAUGUAUCCUAUCAUGGAUGGCUGGAAUAUAACUAUUACAAAUGGACAAAAUUAUGAUACAAUUCGCCAAAGUUGUGUGGCUAGCUGUUUUGCCAAAGAGUUCCCUUAUGUCGCUAUUAUGAUGUCAUUAAAAAUAUGCACUUGUAGUUUUGUAAAACCGUCGAUAGAUGCUAAAGUCGAACGGCAUGUUAAAGAACAAUGCCAUAAUAGCUCCACACGUUAUAGUGUAUUUGCUACGGGGGCGACCUCACAUGAUUUAACUGGUAAUCAUUAUAUAGGAUGUUACGAGGAAAAUCAUUUACAAAAGAUUUUUGACCAAGAAACUGUUAACGAAUUUCAUAUUAGCAAUACUCCAGAAAUUUGCUCCAAGUAUUGUUACCAAAAGAAUUUUUAUUAUUUUGGGAUCCUUUCAAGAAAAACGUGUUUAUGUGGUAACAAAUCAAUAAACAUCAAUGAAUUCCCAAGACUGGUUGACAGUAAGUGUAACAUGCAAUGUCCAGGUGAUGCAAACAAGUAUUGUGGUGGUAAUAAAAAGAUUGCUGCAUUUGUUAUAGGAAAAGAUUGGAUAAAACUACAUAACUGUCUACCGAACUGUGAAUGUGUACUAUUGUCUCAAUAUAAUACAACUGUAGUUGAUUGUUCACACGGAAAUCUUAAUAACACCGUUGAAAUAAAUUCAAUGUUUGCAAGUACUUCAUCUUUGGAGAUGUAUUUAAAAUAUAAUAUUUUUCAGGAACUACCGAAAUUAUCGAGCUUUAACAUACUUACAUUAGAUAUCAGUAAUAAUGUCUUAGAUAAACUUAAUGGAAAACAUCUCCCUAAAAAUUUAAAGGUUUUAAAACUCCACAAUAAUAAACUUCAAUAUUUUGAUAAAAGUACACUAAUUUACUUGUCCAGCUUGGAUGAAUUAACAUUAUCAAAUAAUAGUUGGGAUUGCAGUUGUAAAUUUUUAGAUAUGUUCGAUUUUAUGAUCAAUCAUCGUUCUAUCAUUUCAGAUAUAGAUAUAGUUACAUGCCAAACAAUGUCUAUUCCUAUUGUUAGUAUGACAAAAAAUAAUAUUUGUCCAAAAACAGAAUGGCUUUAUUUUUAUAUUACCAUUGCGUUGGUAUUCAUUAUAUUUAUAUGUUUCCUGUGCGUACGUUUUGAUCUACAUAAAAAAGUGCUAUUACGCUGUUCAAAAUUUCGAAAUUUUGAUAACAUUCUGUUUCAACAAACAACCGAUACAGAGACUUCGGAAACACUUAUGCGGAUGAUAAACUACGAUGAGCUUGUUACAGCCACGGACAAUUGGAAUAAAGAUCGAAUUUUGGGCGAAGGCGGUUUUGGAGUCGUUUAUAAAGGGAAUUGGAUUAAUACAGAUGUAGCUAUUAAAAGAUUGAAAACCAAAGGAGUAGCUGAAAAGGUAAUAAAUAUGCAUACUCUUGGCAAUAAAAUUCAAAGUUCUUCACGUGAAAUCAUGUACUUAAAUGCUAUUAAACAUGACAACAUUCUAUCGAUGUACGGUUUUACAAUUCAUGAUUCAGAAUCUUGCCUUAUUUAUCAAUUUAUGGCUAAUGGAUCUUUGGAAGACAGACUACAAUGUAAGGAUGGCAGUAAACCGUUAAACUGGCCAAUGCGAGAAAAUAUUGCUAUAGGAAGUGCUAGAGGAUUACAAUUUAUGCAUAACAUGAAUAUUCCGUUGAUUCACGGAGAUAUAAAAAGUGCUAAUAUACUUUUAGACUCUAAUUUUGAACCACGCAUUGGUGAUUUUGGUCUAGCUCGGGUAGGCGCACAGUUGAAAGAAGAAGAAGGACAACUUUCAGGAAUUGAAGUCAGUCACGUAUAUGGAACAAUGCCUUAUUUACCAGAAGAUUUCCGUAAAACUAAAAAGUUAUCGACUAAAGUGGAUACUUAUAGUUUUGGAGUGGUAUUAUUCGAAAUAGCAACAGGUCUUAGAUCAUUUGGUCGCUGUUCAAGUUACAGAUAUUUAAAAGAUUUUGUACUGUCCAAAUUUCAAGCUGGCAAAAUCCACACUAUAAUUGAUAAAAAAGCCGGUUCAGAUACACAUAAAUCUUUUGAGUUGCUAGUUGUAUUAGGAAAAGCUUGUGUGGUUGACUUAGCCAGUAACCGUCCAGAUAUGGCAUUAAUUUAUAAAAAAUUAUGUAAUGAUACGAUGAAACCGGAAAAUAAUAUAAUUACAAGAGACUACACCGAAAUUGACAUGGACAUUGAAAUGCAAAAGAAUCAAAUAUUUAUAAAUGACCAGGAAGGGGAUGGCAACCAGAAUAUUAACGAAAAAGCUGUCAAACUCCAUAAAAUUAAAGCAGCAUUGAUCGCACCUCUAAACGAUAUUCCGUCUAUAACUGAUCUUUACAGUACUACUCAAAAAUCGAUACAUGGCGAACGACAAGCUAAAACGAUAAACCUCCCAGACGACACUGAAAACAUUUGGGAUGAAUAUUUUUUCACUACGGAUUUUUGAAAAAAAAAAAAAUAAAUAACCGGAAAUAUUUUGAAACAUCAAUAUAUUUAUUUAUUUUUAAUGUGAAUAUAAAAUCUAUUUUAUAAGUAAAAUUACUACUACACAAAUUUUUUGAUGAAUU